AUCAAAAUCAAUUGUAGAUAAUACCACUGUAUCAUAAGCACGGAGUCUGACGUGCCCAAAAUGGCAACCUACAACGAUAUUGAAAGUAAUACCACAGCGUCUUCCAUGGAAACAGAAGAAGAAGCGUUUGCUAAGGUCUAUGAUCCCUAUUACGAUGGACCAAGAACCACCUUGCUCAGGAAGUGUGCUUAUUGCACCACCCCUUUGAAAUACUACAUCAAUAACGUCACUGGCCUUGAAGCGUCGUUCCUCAUACUGGUGAUGUUGUGCGCUCCCCUAGGAGCCAGCCUGCUGUGCCAAGUAUAUUCAGCGUAUAAACCAGAAAACCCACUACAUGUGGUCAAUCUUCCAAUAAUAUGGCUGGUCUACUAUAUAUUGGGAUGUACAACAGGAUGUCUACUCGUAUUUGGUCAAGCCAUGCGUAUACUUUUGCUGGUGGAUCAAACUAUAUGGCGCAGAUACUACCAAAGGAAAGCCAGGAACGCUGAAAUUAACGCAGCCAUCACAAGAGAAAGAAAUAAUAACCUAAUGCUAAGCAAUAACGCAACCAACCAGACUAAUGGAGCCAAUGACGAGAAAAAGCCUUUUAACUUCCGUGGAAUCAUGCUACGCCUAGUUUUCAAAUUUAGAACUAAUACCGUCAUGGUAAAUGGAGAAUUACCAAACAAAACCAUGGGACAGUGGAUUAAAUCAGCCACCAUACCAGAAUGGAUUUGCCAUAUAUUCUUCACAUUGAGAUGGCUGGCUGCAUCUAUCUUGCUAGCUACAUUCCAUACAUUCAACCUGGUGUAUCUAAUAUUACAUUGGAAGUGGGAUAUAUUAAGGAGCGCAUACAACGUAAGAGCAGUACACUUCGCAAACGGAUUGUCACACGUAACAAUGAUCUACGUAGGAUGGAGAGUAGCCAUAUACCUCGCAGAACUGUGGAGAAGAUCUCUGAAUAGUAAUUUAAACCCACGCUUCAAAGAUGAGUUCCACCAUCUCCCAAACGGACGCGAACUCAUCAGUGAACCCAUGUUCGCAUUCAUCAUGGAUAAAUGCCCGUGCACAUAUGAAGUACCAACACUCGUGGCACCACAGCCAGAAUACGAGCUGUCUACCCACUUCCACAGCAAGUUCCACCAUUUCGCCAAAACCCUUUUCGCCUGCGUAGUCUUCUACGUAGUAACGACAUCCGCAGCUAUAUCACUCUGGGCUGGUAUCAGACUUGCAUUCUUCGAAAUUAAAGACAUGCGUGUGCGCAUGGUAGAGCUGAUGAAUUCAUACAAAAAAUUGGAAAAGGAGCUAAAACUGGAGUCAUAACCUAAUCAAAGCGAA